GAGGCGUUUAGGGCGAAAUGCGAUAAGUGAGCCAACCUGCGCAAACAGUCCGGCUCCGACUGGCUGGUCACUCAGCGAGCCGAGAGGCCACUCAGCACGAUCGAAAGGACGAUCGUGCUCUCUUGGAUUAAGGCGGCCGAGCGGGACGGUCACACACAAAAAGGGCUUAGGAUUAAUAAAUUAUAUAUUACUGUUUUGUUUUUAAUAAGUACAACGUCGUUUUAGCAAAGCCCCACAAAUAUCACAAAAGUGGCGACGAGAAAAGUUAAUGUGAUCGUUUCGUGUUGUAAAGUGCUGACCAAAUUUUAAUUCGUUUUUUGUUCGUUUUCUUCCGUGUCCCGCUCACACACAUACACCCACACAAUUGCGCCACCACGUCCCAAGAAGCGCAAGAUGAACCCCGCUGAUGCAACGAUGGAUUUACCGACGGAGGAGGAGCAGCGACGUGCAUCCUUAGGCCGGCCGGGAUUUUUCAACCCGGCGGUGAUGCAGCAACCCGGAGCAUCGCAGCCGCACGUUCCCUCCGUGCACGAAGUAGCGUUCCAUCAUCAGGUGUCCCCAAAUGGGCACCUCUAUCCGCCAUCGCAAUUGGGACCCGCAUCAGCGCCGCCGGUAUCAGCGCCAUCGCAAUUUGUGCAACCGCCAUCGCAAACGGGCUCAGCUGUAGUGGAUAACGCCGUACUCCUACAAACGCUGAAAAUGAUGCAGCAACAAAUGACCCAGCAACAGCAGCUUAUUAGUAAAAUAAUGUCCCAGCAAACAAACCAGCCCGCAUUUACGCCAAAUUUCAAUCCAGAGCAAGCAACGGAAGCAUUAGCCAAUUCGAUUAUGGAAUUUCGGUUCGAUCCUGAAGCUGGCAUCACCUUUAGAACAUGGUUUUCCCGGUACGAGGAGCUGUUCAACGAGGAUGCUUGUCGGUUAAGUGAUGCAGCAAAAGUGCGACUUCUUUUAAGGAAGCUAGGUGCAGCCGAGCAUGAUCGGUAUUUGUCGUUUAUCCUGCCCCUACGUUCAAGUGAAUUUUCAUUCAAGGAGACGAUCGCGAAGCUCGCUGUGCUGUUCGACGUGCAGGAAUCCUUGAUAAGCAAAAGGUACAAGUGUUUGCAGCUUACAAGGAAACCUGAAGAGGAUCUGCUUACCUACGCAUGUCGGGUAAAUAAAUCAUGCGUAGAGUUCGAGCUCAGCAAGCUCGACGAGGAACAGCUAAAGUGCCUCUUAUUCGUUUGUGGAUUAAGAGAAGAACGAGACGUCGAAGUGCGAACCAGAUUGUUGGCGAAAAUCGAGGAUCGAGAGCAGAUUACGUUGCAGCAACUGUCAGAGGAAUGUAGUCGCAUUGCCGCGCUAAAAAGAGACAGCGCAAUGAUUCAAGAAAAUGAACGGCAAGUACUCGCAUUGCAUAACAAUAACAAAAAAUUUAACAAUCAUACUAAAGCUAAAAAUUCGAGUUUUCAGCACCGGCAAUUCCCCAGAAGAAAAAAUGUCCAAAGAUAUGAUAAGCAGCGUCCUCCCGCACGGAACACCCAUCCCAGUCGACCAUGCUGGCUUUGUGGCGACAGACAUUGGGUGCAAUAUUGUGGCUAUAAAUCGCACAAGUGCCAAGAUUGCGGACGAAUAGGACAUCGGGAAGGCCACUGCAAUACCGCGAACCAAAAAGGAAAAUUUCGUCAGAGCCCAUCGGUGGAGACACGUAUCGUCACGGUGAAUGCAUGUGCCGUCGCGGUAAACCAAUGGAUGGAGAUGGAUAACCGGUACGGUUCUGAAGCGACAAGGUAGAGUCAUGUACGUGGUCAGGACGGCUGAUGGAAAGAUCAUUCGACGGCAUAUUCAUCAGCUACGUCGGCG